UUUUCGGAGCAUCAGCAGAGUUGCACAGCAGACAAACCUUCUCAGCCACUGAAUCAAAUAGUGGAGCUGCAAUGAAGAAAGAAGACGUCUUGAACACUUUGAAAGAAUUAGGUCAGAAAGAGUUUGAGGAAUUCAAGUGGUUUCUGGAGCAACCUGAGACUCUUCCUGAACUCCCAGCAAUCAGUAAACAAGACCUGGAAGGAGCAAAUAUUCUCGGCGUUGUGGACUUGAUUGUGCAGACUUACACACAUGAUCGAUCCAGGGAGGUGAUCUGCAUGCUCUUAGAGAAAAUAAAAAGAAAUGACCUGCGGAACAAAUGGUUAGAAGAUUGGAUGGGAGAGACGGAGGCUGAAGUUCAGGAGAUGAUCCAGGAGAGACGACUGAAGAUCCAGGAGAUCAGAGAGUCGGUGAAGAUCAGUAGAGAUGCUGCAGACAGAGAGAAAGCAGAAGGUGUUCAGGUCUUCACAGCUCUGAUGGAGUCUGCUGAGAGAGGCCUGAAGGAGCUCCUCAAGGAGAUCCAAGACAAACAGGAAACUACAGAGAAACAGGCUGAAGACUUCAUCAGAGAUCUGGAGCAGGAGAUCUCUGAGCUGAAGAAGAGGAGCUCUGAGGUGAAGCAGCUCUCACAGGAUGAAGAUCCCCUCCACCUCCUCCAAAGCUGCUCCUCCCUGAAAGCUGCUCCACCCACCAAGACCUGGACAGAGGUCAGAGUUCAUCCACCAUACUAUGAGGAGACUAUGGCGAAAGCUGUGGCUCUGUUUGAGCAGAAUAAGAAGAAGAUAUUGGAGAUGAAGAGGGUCCAGCGGUUUGCAGUGGAUGUGACUCUGGAUCCUGAUUCGGCUCAUCCUAACCUCAUCCUGUCUGAUGAUGGGAAACAGGUGAAACAUGGAGAUGUGAGGCAGAAUCUUCCAGACAAUCCAGAGAGAUUUUCUAAGUGUGUGAAUGUUUUAGGACAGCAGAGUUUCUGUUCAGGCAGAUUUUACUUUGAGGUUCAGGUUAAAGGAAAGACUAAAUGGGAUUUAGGAGUGGCCAGAGAGUCCAUCAAGAGGAAAGAAUUUAAACCACUGAGUCCUAAGAAAGGUUACUGGAUUGUUAUAUUGAGAAAUGGAAAUGAGUAUUUAGCUCUAGCUGGACCUCCAGUCCGUCUCCAUCUCCAUCCUGGUCCUCAGAAGGUCGGGGUGUUUGUGGAUUAUGAUCAGGGUCUGGUCUCCUUCUAUGAUGUAGAUGCUGCAGCUCUGAUCUACUCCUUUACUGGCUGCUGCUUCAAGGAGAAACUCUACCCGUACUUUGGUCCUGGCCUUAACGAUGGAGGUAAAAACUCUGCUCCUCUGAUCAUCUGUCCUGUUGGUUGUUGAUCUGAUGAAAUGAUGAAGAAUAAAUCUGCAUGACUGUGGUUGAAGUCCUGCUGGUGGAGAAAUGAGCUUGGAAACGUCCUCAGCAGGAAGUCAGCAGUUCAGUUGACAGCUGGAUUAUUUGCUGCAGCUACUUCUUUUCAGCUUUUGAU